GCCAAAAACACCACAAGAUGGACGAUGAAGAGAACGGCAAGGGGUAUGCAUGGGAAGGUUCAUUUGAACGCUCUUGGGACGGGAUCGAAGAAGACGAGAGUGGCGCGUUGAAGAUUCAGGCGCAUGUAGCAUCUUCAGGAGACAAAGCCCGUCAACGCCGCCAGCAAAUGCUGCAGCGCGUGCGGAAGGGUCUCAUUCGAUACGUCUAUGUCGUGGUGGACCUGUCCAAGGGGAUGAGUCAGAAGGACUGGAAACCCCAUCGCUGCGCCGUCGUCACCGAGGAAGUCCAACGAUUCGUGGCCGACUACUUUGACCAGAACCCGAUUUCCCAGUUGGGCCUCAUUGGCAUCAAGAGCGCCAUCGCCGUCAAGUUGAGCGACCUCUCGGGGAACCCCACCCACCACAUCGAGAUCCUCAAGAGUUCACUCACUGUGCACGGCGAGCCCAGCUUGCAAAACGCGCUGGAAAUGGCGCGCAAUGCGUUGAAAAUCGUGCCGUCGUACGGAUCGAAGGAGAUCAUCGUCAUGUACGGCAGCUUGACAACGACAGACCCCGGCGACAUCUUCGGGACGCUCGCGGCACUUAAGAGGGACUCUGUCCGAUGCUCGUUUGUCGGCAUUGGUGCCGAGAUGCACUUGCUCAAGCGUAUUGCCAAGGAAACCCAUGGCACGUACUCUGUGGCGUUGGAUGCUCCUCACUUUCGAGACCUGUUGUCGGCUUUUACCACGCCGUGCCCAAGUCUGGCGUCGUCGGUGGCGAAAUUUGCGACGUUGGUCGAGAUGGGAUUUCCACAAAAACGAAGCGGAGUGCUAUCGUUAUGCGUGUGCCAUCAGACGUUUACGACCAUGGGGUACCUCUGUCCCCGCUGCAAAUCCAAAAGUUGCCAACUGCCCACUGUGUGCGUUGUGUGCAGCUUGCCCCUGGUGUCAUCUCCGCACCUGGCGCGGUCUUAUCACCACUUGUUUCCGAUCGUGAAUUUUGACAAGACUGCGAUUUCGACCAAGUGUUUUUCGUGUUUGUGGCCCUUAACCAGUGGCUACCAGUGCCCCACCUGCCGCCAUUCGUUUUGCAGCGACUGCGACAUGUACAUCCACGAUUCGCUGCACAAUUGCCCUGGCUGCAAGUGACUUCAUAACUAGUACAACACGUCGAUAGUAUGUACUAGCCUACAACAACACGUCGAUAGUAUGUACUAGCUCACACGCGUACUCGUCAUAAGCGUUGCCAAGUUGGGCAAGCGAAACUGUCGAUCUAUGUUAUUACUGGGACACUGUCGAAACAUGCGCUGUGUUUAUAACCGUUUUUCAUCUGUAUAAAUUUAUAUUUUUA